CUAUCGACACGCACUAUUCGUGUCCCUUCGUUAGUAUAAGCUCUAUAUGUAUGUAUAUAUGGGUUAUACACAUAACCUCUAUGUGAGAUUCACGUCAAAUACUAAUCCUGCGCUCAUUAAUGACGAAUGAAUCAAUAUUGUCCACCAUUUCGUAUCUAUUCGAAAAACAAAUUGGAUAUGAAUGUGGUGAAGAAAAUCUGUUCAUCCUUUCACGAACACACGCGUCAAACACGCGAAUCGAAUGGAAUUGUAAAGUCGGUCAAAUGAGCAGACCGACAGUAAAUCUGAGUACAAUCGUUGGAUGUAACCUGCUGGAAGGCGCAGUGAUGCCGUGUUGCAUGAAGCGUUUGGAAUUGGAGUUAAACGGAGAAAGACCGAAUCACGCAUUAUGGCUGACGAAAUCGAUGAAAAGUUGCUGGAGCAGGUGAAAAAACAAGGAGAAAUUGUACGGAAACUGAAAGCUGCUAAAGCCAACAAUUUUCAGGAUUCAACGACUUCGAACUUAGAAGCGCAUUUAGAAAAUAUUAACCACGAUUUCGCGGAUGUCAGUUAUGUGUGUGGAUGGGUUCCUACUAUGAAAGACACAAUAUUCUUUGAUUUCUGCGUAACCUUCGUUAAUGAUCGGCUCUUCAAAUGGCCACAUUUGAAAAGAUGGUUCACAAACAUUCAAAAUUUCGAUCGAAUUGAACGUAACACGUUUCCCGAUCCGGAAGGAUCAAUUACUCCUCUGAUGAGAAAGGUUGAUCACAUAAGCAACCUUCGCCUUUCCGACCGAAACAUAAUUGAUCGAAAGAUUGCAGAGGAAGUUACUAAAUUAUUGGAAUUAAAAGCUCAACUAGGAGAAAAAAAUGGCGAGGCACCUUCCAAGCUUCUUCUGAAAACACCUAAAGGUACAAGGGAUUAUGGUCCUGAACAGAUGGCACUACGACUUACAGUAUUGGAUAAAAUAAUUGCAGUGUUUAAAAAGCAUGGUGCAGAAACAAUAGAUACUCCUAUAUUUGAACGGAAAGAAGUUUUGACAGGAAAAUAUGGAGAAGAUUCAAAGUUGAUCUAUGACUUGAAGGAUCAAGGCGGAGAAAUUUUGUCCCUUAGAUAUGACUUAACUGUACCCUUUGCUAGAUAUCUGGCUAUGGGAAAAAUCUCUUCCAUAAAAAGGUAUCAUAUAGCAAAAGUUUAUCGAAGGGACAAUCCAUCUACGACAAGGGGUAGAUAUAGAGAGUUCUACCAAUGCGAUUUCGACAUAGCCGGGCAGUAUGAUCCUAUGAUACCAGAUGCAGAAUGCAUACGCAUUAUUUCCGAGGCGUUACAAUCUCUGGAUGUAGGACCUUAUACAAUUAGAUUGAACCACAGAUUGCUAUUGGAUGGUAUAUUUGCUGCUUGUGGUGUUCCAAGUAAUAAAUUUCGUGCUGUGUGUUCUGCUAUUGAUAAACUAGAUAAAAAUUCGUGGUCAGAAGUCAAAAAAGAAAUAAUUGAAGAGAAAGGUUUGGAUGAAUCCAGUACUGACAAAAUUGGCAUUUACGUGUCGCGAUUCGGUGGAAUAGAAUUAAUUUCUGAGCUAAGAAAAGACAGCGAAUUAAUGAAAUACGAAUCGGCGACGAAAGGCCUUGAAUCUAUGGAAUUAUUAUACAAGUACUGCAAUAUAUUGCAAGUGACAGACAAAGUAACUUUUGAUCUUAGCCUUGCUAGAGGACUUGACUAUUAUACAGGCGUAAUCUUCGAAGCGAUAUUGAUUGGUGACGACGUUGGCGUUGGUAGCGUCGCAGGUGGUGGUCGUUAUGACAAUUUGGUUGGAAUGUUUGAUAGCAAACACAAAUCGAUUCCCUGUGUUGGCUUGUCGUUGGGCGUCGAACGAAUUUUCAAUGUCCUAGAGACAAAGUUGAAUAAGGAAGGUGUGAAAACGCGAACCACCGAAGUUGAGGUGUUUGUAGCGACUGCACAAAAGAAUUUGCAUGAAGAACGAAUGAAACUUUUGUCAAUUCUUUGGGAUGCUGGGGUGAAAGCCGAACAGUCUUACAAAAGAAACGUAAAAUUGCUUGCGCAAUUACAAUAUUGCGAAGAAAGUGGAAUACCGUUGGCUAUAAUAAUCGGUGAAGGAGAAUUGGCUAGGGGAGAAGUUACAUUGAGAGAUGUUGUGUCGCGUACAGAAAUUUCGAUCCCCCGAGCACAUUUAAUUGAAGAGAUAAGAAAAAGGUUGUAGAAAUAUACAAUACAUUACUCGAACAUCGAACAUCGUUAAUUUAUACAGUCUAAUAGUAUCAUACCAAACAGUGACUGUUCAAUUCUUUGUCAAGUGUCACUUUUUGCCGAUACAUUGCACGGUAACUUGCUUGAAACUCGGCACUU